ACCAACUUUUCUCUAAACAACAAAUUUAGUUCUCCAUUUAUACUUGUUCAUCCAACAUGUUUGUAACAAUCUCAUACCAAAGAUUUCAUCAUAACAAGAGCAAUCUUAAGUCACAUACUCUUAGCCAAUAUGUCUCAGAACAACAAGAAUGUUCAUGGUGCAUCUAACCACUUUUUUCAACCAUCACGACGCCUUCCUACUCCAGGAAAAGCCACUAUUCUUGCCAUGGGCAAGGCUCUUCCUCCACAACUCGUCCCUCAGGAUUGCUUGGUUGAAGGCUACAUGCGCGACACCAAAUGUAAAGAUUUAAGAAUUAAGGAGAAAUUGGAGCGCCUUUGCAAAACUACUACUGUGAAGACAAGAUACACAGUGAUGUCCAAAGAAAUUUUGGACAUUUAUCCAGAACUAGCAACUGAAGGCACACCAACAAUCAAUCAAAGGCUAGAAAUUGCGAAUCCAGCAGUUGUUGAAAUGGCAAAACAAGCAAGCUUAGCUUGUAUUAAGGAAUGGGGAAGAUCAACUGAUGAAAUCACUCACAUUGUUUAUGUUUCUUCAAGCGAAAUACGCUUACCAGGAGGUGAUCUUCACCUCUCAACUGAGCUUGGAUUGAGGAGUGACGUUGGACGCGUAAUGCUCUACUUUUUAGGAUGUUAUGGUGGUGUCACAGGCCUCAGAGUUGCCAAAGACAUAGCUGAAAACAAUCCAGGGAGCAGAGUUUUAUUGACAACUUCUGAGACUACAAUUCUUGGUUUUAGGCCACCUAAUAACGCUAGACCAUACGAUCUUGUUGGUGCUGCACUUUUCGGUGAUGGAGCUGCUGCUGUCAUAAUUGGAACAGAACCAAUUGUUGGAACAGAGUCCCCUUUCAUAGAGCUAAAUUUUGCAAUGCAACAAUUCUUGCCAGGGACUAAGAAUGUGAUCGAUGGACGACUUACUGAUGAAGGUAUAAACUUCAAAUUAGGCAGGGACCUCCCUGAGAAAAUUCAGGACAAUAUUGAGGAAUUCUGUAAGAAAUUGAUAGCAAAGAAUGAUCGAUUGAAGGGAAUUAAGAAUAAUGACUUGUUUUGGGCUGUUCAUCCAGGCGGACCGGCUAUACUUGACAGAUUGGAGAACACACUGAUGUUACAAAGUGAGAAAUUGAAUUGUAGCAGAAAGGCAUUGAUGGAUUUUGGUAAUGUGAGUAGUAAUACUAUUUUCUAUGUGAUGGAGAAUAUGAGGGAAGAGUUGAAGAAUAAGAAAGAUGGUGGUGAAGAAUGGGGACUUGCAUUAGCAUUUGGUCCUGGCAUUACUUUUGAAGGCAUACUCCUUAGGAGUCUUUAAAAUGUCAUGUUAUCACUCUAUUUGCCUUAUGGUUUAAGGUUAAUUAGCUUGUUCAUUUUCUUUCUACUGUCUUUAGACAGAACAAAGAUGUGUUUUCACUUUUUUAUUUUCAUUUCUAUAUGAUGCUAAAAUAAAGAAAGACAAGAGUUUCAUAACUCAUGCAAUUUCAUGUUAUUGGAACUAUGGAACAACAUUAUUCAUGGAGAAA